AACGGCACCGGCUAUUAUAUUAUUGUCUAAUAUUACACAAGUUAGGGGCUGAUUUUUUGAAAUAAACAUACCUUAUCAAGAUGGUCCGACUCCGGCUAAGAAUGCCCUCCAACAAAACGCUGGGCAAUAUUUGCGUAUACGGCGCCGUGGCCUCCAUUUCCGCCGUGAUGUACAUGAGAUGGAAGAUGGAGGAUCGGGUCAGAUCCUGCGAGUACUAUAAACUGGCUUUGAAGGCACUGAGAAGCCAUCGAGGAGCAUCCAACCUUCUGGGGGAACCCAUCAAGGACUUGGGCAUAGAUCUGUCCAAUGCCAACAACAAUUGCAAUGCGGAAAUGGCGCAUUUCGAGGUUUCCGUAAGGGGUAGCAAAGAUAAAGGUACACUCUUCUUUUGGGCCUCCCAUCAGCCGGACAGAGGCUGGCUGAUCGAUCGGCUGGAGCUGGAAACCAAACUCAAUCCCGAGAAGCGCUUCCUGCUCAAGAAGUCCGAAGAGCUCACCUUCGAUCUGCCCGAGAGUCUGAGCAAACAGCCUGCCCAAGUGGAUUCCAGUGUUAUCCUAUCAGAAUCAAAUCUGCUAAAUGCCAAGCAAUCCGAAACGCAUUCAAAGUGAACUCGGUAUCCGAUUCAAUUAGUUUAUUCUCAUUAAAUUUGACUAAUUCAAGCAAUCUUAAAUGUUGUAUAGUUAUGUUAUUUUAAUUACAAAUUUAUUGUGUUUUUAUAAAAUCAAA